CUGAGGACAAAGAAAAAGGAAAUUCGAUUUCUGGCCCAUGAGUCUUUCUGCGCAGGAGCAGGAGGUGGUGUCCCAUGUACAGCUACAAAACAGAGAGAGGGACAAAAACAAAACAGUAUUAACAGGGCAAAGUCAACAAGCAAGAAGUCUCUGCUCCUGCGCAUCAUUUUUCCAUUCAAUUGGGUGUGCAAACUAGCAAGUAGUACAAACAAGGAACAGCAAAAAAAACCAGACUUUCCUCACCAAACAGGAACCACAAGCUACACCCAUUCCGAGCUUUUAAUUGGGGAUAGUUUAGAGAUACUGGAUUUGGGAGGUGGGUUUGGUUUGGAAUCUUGAAUAUUGAAAGUGGAUGGUGGGAAUUUAACUGAACAAGUUGGAGGUUCUCUACAUAGUUCUGUUUCUAUGGAUUGGUUAUGCUGUUUUUUUCCUUCCUACUCUCAGCUUGUGGGUGGGCGUUCAUCGUCUACCUCCGGUAAGGGAAAGAAUCAUGAGGGUUUGAUCAAGUAUGGUUUCAGCCUAGUAAAAGGGAAAGCUAAUCAUCCAAUGGAGGAUUAUCAUGUUGCCAAGUUUGUGCAGAUUCAAGAGCAUGAAUUAGGGCUUUUUGCUAUUUAUGAUGGCCACUUGGGAGACACUGUGCCUGCAUACUUACAGAAACAUUUGUUUUCCAAUAUCCUGAAGGAGGAAGAGUUUUGGGUUGAUCCCAACCGAUCUAUCUCAAAAGCCUAUGAGAGGACUGACCAGGCAAUUCUCUCUAAUAGUUCUGACUUGGGGCGAGGAGGAUCUACAGCUGUGACUGCUAUCUUGAUAAAUAGUAAAAGACUAUGGGUAGCUAAUGUUGGAGAUUCAAGAGCAGUUCUUUCAAGAGGAGGCCAGGCAAGGCAAAUGACCACAGAUCAUGAACCCAACACUGAACGAGGCAGCAUAGAGAACAAAGGCGGCUUUGUCUCAAACAUGCCAGGAGAUGUCCCUAGAGUUAAUGGGCAGCUGGCAGUUUCUCGUGCUUUUGGGGACAAGAGCCUUAAAUCACAUCUGCGUUCUGAUCCUGACAUACAAGAAAUCGACAUAGAUAACAACACAGAAGUUCUUGUACUCGCUAGUGAUGGUCUUUGGAAGGUUAUGUCAAAUCAAGAGGCUGUUGAUAUUGCAAGGAGGAUUAAAGACCCCAUGAAAGCAGCUAAGCAGCUGACAACAGAGGCAUUAAAAAGAGAAAGUAAAGAUGACAUAUCAUGUGUUGUUGUUAGAUUUAGGGGGUAGAACCCUUUGCAAGAUCAUUGUUAUCCAGGUGCCAGUAUUACGUAUUAUAAGAAGAAUUUCUUUACAGGGGUUGCCAAUUGGUGAAAAUACAUACUUGGUUGGGGUAGUACUCAGGAUCUCCAGUAGUUUGCAAUUUGCUGAAGGGAAGAGAAGAUUAGAAAGGAUCCCCCAUUGUAAAAUUAUUUUAUUGAUGUUGUGGUGUUUGAUAUUGUUUGAUUUCUUUAUGGAAGUGGAUUAGAACAUCUGAUGUA